AUUAAAAUGAAGCUCUAUAAAACCUUGCUAAUAACUCUCUUCUGUGGCUUAGCUUUAAGUCAGGCUAACAACAACUGCAUCUUCACUGGAGAAAGUGGAGAGGAAUACAACCUCUCUGUCUUUGGAGGAGAAUACGAAGUAGCUGAGAGGAAUACCAACAAUGGGCUUUCAUAUAAGUUUGAUCUCUGAAAUCCAGAUAUCAGCUGUGAAGCUGACCCUGACUUGGUCAGCCAUAACAGUUUGGUCGGAUUUUUAGAGAGGAAACAAACUGAUACAAGCAACUUGUGCAGGAAAUUUGAGGAGUUCAAUGACUAUAGUUUUACAAAAGUGAAAAAUAGCCAUGAGCUUACCUUUACCAGUAAGAAUGCUUGAACAGAGAAUCAUUUCCCAAAAGAUCUUCAGACUGUCUUUAGGUUUACUUGUGAUUACACCGCUCCAUCGAAGAAUGAGUUCAUGUCGAUGAAAACUACGACUCCAUGUACUAGAAUUUUCGAGAUUGUCUCUGGAGAAGCAUGAAAUAUGCAUUUCAAUGGAGUUUUCAGACUUGACUAUAAUUCAAAAUCAUACAAGAGCUUGAAGUAUGUCACUCUAGCAGCUGCCAUGAUUGGUUCUUGUUUGUACCUAGCCUUUGUAUUGUUCAGGGCUAAAGCUAGGAAUGAGAAGUUAAAGUACAAAGCAAUGAGACAUGCUGUCUAA